AUGACUCCGGAACGUGCCGAGAGGCCCAAGGGUUUGGAAGGAGUGGCUCAACCAGACAGACGCGCCCGUCAGCGCCUGGAGCGUGAAUGGUCAUCCCGCAUGGCGAUGGAGUUGUACCCGAAGGCUUGGAGGCUGGAUAUCCUGGAUAGCACCCAGUAG